UGCAAAGCGCCCCUGCUGGCCCCUGUCAACCUGGGGUUCAUGAAGACGCUCUUCCCAGGAGUGACCUGCGCCACCCCACAGACACGUCCUGGGCGGGUGUCAGCACUGUCCCAGAACAAGAGAAAGGGGAGAAGGAGCCGCAGCAGCGGCGGCAGGAGGAGGAAGAGGGGGAGGGAGGAAGUGAACUACAGGGCAGGUGACACCGAGUUAGGUUCCCCAUCCACACUGUGCUUGGCAGCUUCCUUCUCGCUUGCUGGCCACGGAGGCACGGCUGUGAGGGAAGAUAAGGGAGACAGGGGCUCUAUAAAUACCCAGCGCGAGAGCGCGCGCCCCAGAGCCCUGCGAGCCCGGGCGAGGGACUGACAGACACCGGCGCAGCGUUCAGCCUUUAGCAAGCAGCGACCAUGCACGUGAAUGGCAAGGUGGCUCUGGUGACUGGCGCGGCGCAGGGCAUAGGCAGAGCCUUUGUCCAGGCGCUGUUGGAGGAGGGCGCGAAGGUAGCUCUCGUGGAUCGGAACCUCGAAGCCGGCGAGGAGAGCAAAGCUGCCCUGGAUGAGCAGUUUGAAGCUCAGAGGACUCUGUUCAUUCAGUGCGAUGUUACAGAUCAGGAGCAACUGCAAGGUGCUUUUAAAAAAACAAUUGAACAUUUUGGAAGGCUGGAUGUUGUGGUUAAUAAUGCUGGAGUGAAUAAUGAAAAGGACUGGGAAAGCACUAUACAAAUUAAUUUGACUUCUGUGAUCAGAGGAACAUACAUUGGUCUGGAAUACAUGAAAAAAGGAAAUGGAGGGGUAAUCAUUAAUAUAUCAUCUCUGGCAGGACUCAUGCCUGCUGCACACCAACCAGUGUACUGUGCUACAAAGCAUGGCAUAAUUGGAUUCACCCGGUCUAUAGCUAUGGCGGCUCAAAUGGGAAAUUAUGGCGUGCGACUAAAUACAAUUUGUCCAGGGUUCGUUAACACACCAAUUCUUCAGUCUAUUGAUAAAGAAGAGAAUAUGGGACAAUAUUAUGAAUACAAGGAUGAGAUCAAAGACAUGAUGAAGUUCUAUGGUGUUAUGGACCCAUCACUAAUUGCCAAAGGACUGUUAAUGAUUAUUGAAGAUGAUGCUUUAAACGGAGAGGUUAUGAAGAUUACAGCAUCCAAGGGGAUUCAUUUUCAAGAAUAUAGUCCACUUCCUUUUCAAUCAGGAAGGCUAUAAAUAUAAUUAUGUUAUCUUGGCUCUAAAUUAAUGUAAAAAUGUGUUUUAAACAAUUUUUUUAAGAUAAAUGUUUGUGUCCAGAGAAUGACAUGAUUUUAACUCUUUAAUGCAAUAAUGUACAGUUGUAUAGUAAUAUGAUUUCUUACUUUGAUUUUAAGAGCUACUGUUGAUAUUCUUGGUUUGGUAGAAUAAGCAUAUUGCUCAAAAGAUAUUCAGUGAUGCAGUAAUAGGGGUCAGAUUCUGCCCAUUGGUAAUUAUAUGCUUGUGGCAGGCUGUUGCCCUCCUGACCUAGUGUGGCCCUGCGGGCACCCCUUGUUUGAGUUACCCUUCUGUCAGGAUUCUUGGGAAUGUCACACAGCUCAAAAAGGGACAAGACAAAAUUCCCCUACUGGGAUUCUACUUUAUUAAAUACAAAUAAACUUGAAAUAGAAAAUCUUCCCUGGGCUUCAGAAGUCACACAGCCCUCCUCCUUGAGGUUUGUUCCCUCUCAGUCCUGGCCUCUCUGGCCUGUAGUCUCUCCCACUGGGUUCAGAGUUGCACAGCCCUCCUCCUUGGGGC